UGAUCGUGAACAACACCGCGAAUUCGGUCUUGCCCUCUAUCCACAUUUUCUGCCGACUUUUCCGCUUGCCAGCGGAUUUCCGCCCGAAUGGAGCACCCCAGCUGACCCCAGUGACACUAACUGCACGCUCCCGAGAAUUCGCGCGGGACGUCACCGAUAUUUUGUUUACAUUCGCGUUCAUGUAAACAAACGGCGGCGCGCAGCGAUGAAUUUCUUCGGCAGGGGCGGCGGCGGAGGCGGCAAGAACCUGAGCCUGAGGAGCCACCCCGGCCCUGGCGAGCGCAACGUGCAGACGUCCAUCACCAGUUUCCUGCCCAAGAGCGCGGCGCCGAAAACCGGCAUCGACGCCGCGAAGCCAGUCGCCAAAAUACUUCCUCAAGCUGACGCACUGCCUAAAAGUGGUUUUGAACUGAUUUGUGAGAAGAAACCGCCUGCAAACCAAAAUCCUGCGCCGCUGAAUGGAAAUUCAGGCAAGAAGAAGCGGAAAAAUGACAACCCUUUUGUUUCCUCGAGUGACGACGACACCGAUUUGGACACUUUCAUCGAUAAUAGGAUUGACGAAGUGACGAGUGAAGAUUCGCCGAAGAAAUCUCCUGUGAUCGAGCGGCGGAGCAAAUUGUCGCUGUGUUUGAGCCAGGCGCGCAAGCCGCUCUUCCCAGCCGUGAAAACACCGGAAAAUUCUUUUAAUUUCACCGCGGCUUUCGAGCUGAGCGACGCCGACGACUCGUGGGACGACGAGCCAAAGAGCAGCACCUUCCAAGUGAAGAAAAAGGUGGCGCCGAGCGUCCCGACACCGGCGCCGAGCAUCCCAAAAGCGGUGCCAAAGCCGUCCACGGAUCCGCCAAAGCCUAUUGUCAACUUUGACGCCAAUUUUCUGCUGUCGGACGACGACGACAUCCUCGAUGUCACCCCUGAGAAGGCGCCUCCGCCCAAAGUUUUAGCCGUGCCAGUGCCGAGCAAGCUGGAAAAAUUCGAUUGUGACGUCAGGAAGUGGGCCAGCGUCGUCGACUCGUUGCAACCUUUGAGAUCUGACGUGAGUCGAGCCGAGGUGGAGGAGGUGAAGAAGCGUCUUUCAGGUCUGAUGGCCGAGUUUUCCGAGCUGUGCAUCGCGAUGCUGUCGCUAGACCUGAAGCAGGUGGCGCCUUCGACGGCCGUCAAGCUGCGCAUCGCCGCCCAGAAGGUCAAGGCCAAGCUGCUGCUGGCCGAAAAGCGACACCCCUCCGCCUCGCAGGACGAUGUGCCACUCCCCUCCGCCUCCCAGGACACCACACACCUCCCCUCAACCUUCCAGGGCACUAGAAACCUCCCCUCCGCAUCCCAGGGCACCACAAACCUCCCCUACUCUUUCCAGGGCACCAUGCCCAUCCCCUCCGCUACCCAAAAGCCCCCUGCGCCGCCCCAGCGCCAAUCCAACGGCUACCCUGACGCGAGCCCUGCGGUGCAGCGCGACUUUUCCUUUCCUACCACGUCUCCUCAGGGUGGAAAUGCCCUGUCGGCGGCUGGUCCGGCGCAGGAAAUGGACCUGAUGGGAGCCAUCUUCAACAAGCCGUCGCCAAAGUCGAAGCUGAGCCUGAACAAUGGAAAAUUCCAUGGAAAGCUCAAGAACGACGCCGACAACCCCCUAUUCCAGGGCUUUAACCACCCACACAGCCAACAACUAAAAAGGCUGUUGAAGGAGAAGUUCGGACUGUCGUCGUUCCGGACGAACCAGCUGCAGGCGAUGAACGCGGCGCUGCUGGGCCACAACUGCUUCGUGCUGAUGCCGACAGGUGGCGGCAAGUCGCUGUGCUACCAGCUUCCGGCGUUGGUCACCGGCGGCGUCACGAUCGUCGUGUCGCCGCUCAAGUCACUGAUCCAGGACCAGGUCAACAAGCUCAACACCCUCGGCAUCCCGGCCGCUCAUCUUUCUGGAGACAUGACCGCCGAACAGAUCAACAACGUCUACAACGAGCUCCGAAGCGGCUCUCCGAAAAUGACGCUGUUGUACGUGACGCCGGAGAAGCUGGGCAUGAGCAAGCGGCUGGUGGACGCGCUGCGGAGUCUGCACCAGCGGCGGCAGCUGUCGCGCUUCGUGAUCGACGAGGCGCACUGCGUCUCCAAUUGGGGCCACGACUUCCGGCCCGACUACCAGAAGCUGAGCGCUCUGAAGGAGAAUUUUCCGAGCGUGCCGACGAUGGCGCUGACCGCCACGGCCACGCAGCUCGUCCGAACCGACAUUCUUCGGCAGCUGCGCAUGGACGACCCCAAAUGGUUUUUGUCGAGCUUCAACCGGCCGAACUUGAAGUACAGCGUUUUGGAGAAGGUGUCGAAGGCGAAGAGCGGCGGCGAGGACCAGCUGCUGACGCUGCUGCAGCAGCCGACGUUCCGCAACAAGAGCGGCAUCGUGUACUGCUUCUCGCGCAACGACUGCCAAAACACGGCCGAAAAACUGAAGCAGCACGGCGUGCGCGCCGCCGCCUACCACGCCGGCAUGACCGACAAGCAGCGCAACGCCGUCCAGCAUCAGUGGACCACCGGCACCCUCAAGGUGAUCUGCGCGACGAUCGCGUUCGGCAUGGGAAUCGACAAGCCGGACGUGCGCUUCGUGGUGCACAACUCGCUGGCCAAGUCGAUCGAGGGCUACUACCAGGAGGCGGGCAGGGCGGGCCGCGACGGCCAACUCGCCCACUGCAUCCUCCUCUACAGCUACGCCGACGUCAAGAAGAUCCUCACCCUCAUCGAGAGUGACGGGAAGAGUCGGGAGGCUGUCCAGGUGCACCGGGACAACGUGUACCGAAUGCAGGCGUUCUGCACGAACAAACUCGACUGCCGGCGGGUGCUGCAGCUCUCCUACUUUGGCGAAAACUUCAGCCGCGAACUGUGCCUGAGGGACAAGAGCGCCGCCUGCGACAACUGCCUCAACCAGGGCGAGUACGUCGAGUUUGACUUUUUGUCGCUGGCGCGGGAGAUCGUGCAGUGCGCGCGGACGACCUGCGGCUACCCUGGCAGCGGCACCAGGGUCACGCAGCUUGACCUGGCCAACGUGCUCAGGGGCUCGAAGGCGCAGAAGAUCGUCAGCCUAGGGCUGGACCAGCUGCCGAUCCACGGAAAGGCGGCCAGCCUGAGCCGCGCGGACGUCGAGCGCCUCCUGCAGAAGCUGGUCGUGGACAAUUUCCUGUCCGAGGAGUUCCUGUCCACCGUCGAGGACCGCACGGCCGCCUACGUGCGCCUCGGACCCAAACACGACGCCAUUUUCAGCGUCCAGAAGUUCUCGUUCGCGGUGAAGAAGCCGAAGGAGGGCACCCUGCCGCAGACGCCUGCUGUCUGCAAGCCGAGCCGCGACGAGGAGCUGCUGCUCGACAUCCAGAGCGGCUGCCUGCUCGCCCUGCAGGAGAAGCUUCGCGAAAUCGCCACCGCGCUCGGCAAGUCGCCCCACACCGUGUGCAAUCCGCAGGCCCUGGUGGAGAUGUCGAAGCGGCUGCCUGAGACGCGAGAGCAGAUGCUCAACGUCACCCACGUGACCGAAACGAACUUCAACGUCUUCGGACAGCAGCUGCUGGAAAUCACAAAAACCUUCGCCUCCACCCAGCAAGAGGUGCUGGCGUCGUACGCGGCGGACGUGAUCUCCGACGACGACGACGAGGGCGAAAACCUGCUGGCGGUGCGGGCGCCGGCGUCGACGUCGACGCAGGCGCCGAGCCAGCGGGGCCGCGGCGGCGGCGGCGGCCGAGGCGGCUUCCGCUCGUUCGGCGGGCGCAAGUUCGGCAAAAAACGCAAGGGAAAAACGGCCGCCGGGCCCGCGAGGAAGAAGCAAAAGGCCGGCGGCGGCGGCGGCGGCGGCUACGUGACCUCUCGAGGCCCCAGCGGCGAGACGGUGACCACGCGGCCAGGGCUCAACAGCAGAAUCCAAAACAUGCCGGUGCCCGUGGGCCGCGGCAACAUCAGGAAUCUCAAGGUCUCCUCCUUCAAUUGAAGACUCGUAAUUUAUUUUUGUAACAAAACCCAAGUGUAAAUAAACUCUGUUCAUUUCUAUUUUUUA